AUGUCAAAUAAGGUACUCAAAUUUCAGUGUGUAGACUGUGAUUUGUUUUGUGUAACAGGCCUUAUUCAUGUUGGGGAUGAGCUGAAGGAGGUCAAUGGAAUCCCUGUGGAUGACAAGAAACCAGAGGAAAUUAUUCGUAUUCUGGCUCAGUCACAAGGGGCCAUUACCUUUAAAGUGGUUCCUGGGGUCAAGGAGGAUGUAUUGGUCAAGGAGCCAAAGAUGUUUGUGAAGGCGCUCUUUGACUACGACCCAAAAGACGACAAAGCCAUCCCAUGUCAGGAGGCCGGACUCGCCUUCAAAAAGGGCUCCAUUCUUCAGAUCAUGAGCCAAGAUGAUGCAACCUGGUGGCAAGCCAAGCAUGAAGGGGAUGCUAACCCCCGUGCUGGCUUAAUCCCGUCCAAACAGUUUCAAGAGAGGUGCGAAAUCCUCUCCACGCCUCUGCCCUAAGAUGCACAAAGACCAAUUUUUGUACAAUUCUGUGGAAAACUUCAUAAUAGCGUGUUCUCGGGUGGCCGUUAAUAUGAAUUAGAUUCAAAGUGCAACCACAUGUUGUGUGUUUU